UCAAUAUCUCGCAAUGCUGGGUUUUCUCACGAGGAGAUGAAAGAUAUGGCAGUCAAUGAACCUCUUCGUCUGGAUCAUCCCAAGGAGUUUGCUCUUGGGCGGGCGCUCUGUAGGCUGCCUGAAGUCCUUCUCAAGGCACAAGAAGAUCUUAUGCUACAUACUAUCUGUGAUUACCUCUACGGUUUGUGUGGCCUAUUCACGGACUUCUAUGAUACCUGUUACUGCAUAGAAAAAAAUCCACAGACGGGUUAG